AUGCCCUUAGGUUGGGAAAGAAUCAACGCCAAACGGACACAACCAAAUAACAAUAUCGUCUUCAUCAAACCCCUCUCUGGAGAAGAUCAAUCCAAAUCGCAAGAAUUUCUCGAACGAAUCGCAGCACAAUGUACCCCUAUAAUGAACAAACAUCAUCUCUCCGUUGCAUCUCUCGAAGAAUAUCCCCCUAAUUUAGAAUUCUGGGGUCGCAAUUUCAAUAACGGAGAAGUAAUCCAACUUGUUCUUAAAUCUCCUUCAACAGGAAGAUGGCUACCAUUUAAAUUUGUUCAAAUGGUCAUGAUGCAUGAAUUAGCGCAUUGCAAACAGAUGAAUCAUUCUAGGGCGUUUUGGAAAGUUCGAAAUGAGUAUUCGGCUGAGAUGAGGGGACUUUGGGAGAGGGGAUAUACGGGUGAUGGACUUUGGGGGCAGGGGGUAUUGUUGAAAGGUGGUGCGUUCAUGAGAGACCGGUUGGGUGAAGGGGAGGUAUUACCGGAACAUUUGUGUGGUGGGACUUUUAGAUCGAGAGGAGGUGGGAAGAAAAGGAAGGCAAAACCGAAGAUUACUUAUAAGGAGCAGAAGGAGAGGAGAAUUAGGAAGAAGUUUGGUGUCAACGGGUUGGCUUUGGGAGAAGACCUUACCACUAAAAUCGCCCUCGAAAAAGGCAAAGUUAAUCUCUCCAAACCCAAGGUAGCCAAUAGCAAGAGAGGAAGAGAUCUUCGCGCAGCAGCAGCAUUAGCUCGCUUCGAAGUAAAGAAACAAGAACCAGAUAUCAAAGACGAAGAUCUAGUAACCGAUAGCGAAGCAGAAAGUGGUGACGACGAAAUAUACAUCAAGCCUGAACCUGAUGACGCACUUGAUCUUGAUGGAAGUAGACUUGUGGAUCAAAAAGGAAGAGGGAUGGUCAAGGUUUGUGAGGAUGAGGAUAGGGAUAACGAGGAUGCGAAGAGGGAGUUUGAGGAGUUGAGGGGUAUGGAGAGUAUUGAGAGAUACUUUAAACCUGAUGAUAGUGGAUCGUCGGAUGUUAAGCGCGAAUCGGAAGAAGUGAACACGGCUGAGUUAUCAAAAUCACAGAAACGCUCUCAAAACAAAAAUACCGAGAAGAACACCUCAGUCAAAAAAGAACUACUUUCCACCUCCACAUCCGCCUCUCUACUCAAAACCAAAGCAUCUACACCACAGCCCACAUCACCAACAACCAUAGGCUCCUCCCCACCAACCUCCCUAACCUGCCCAAUCUGCUCCUUCGAAAACCCACCCCCCUCACUCACCUGUACAAUCUGCGCCCAUGUCCUCCAUCCGGAACAUAUACAUGGAUCGUGGAAAUGUACUAGUACAGGUUGUAAAGAGGGAUUGUAUAUUAAUGCGGGAGAUGUGGUAUAUUGUGGGAUUUGUGGGGUGAGGAGGUGUGUGUGA